GCUUCAGCUGAGCUGGGGACAGCCCACGACACCCUUCCAAGUUGCCUUGGCUGUGAGCGCGGUUCUGCCUUCAUUACAAGCAGGUUUUCUGGUGUUGUUGUUUUGUUUUGUUUUGUUUUUUGACGGAGUUUCGCUCUUUGUUGCCCAGGCUGGAGUGCAGUGGCGCAAUCUCGGCUCACUGCAACCUCCGCCACCCAGGUUCAAGCAAUUCUCCUGCCUCAGCCUCCUGAGUAGCUGGAAUUACAGGAGCCCACCACCACGCCCAGUUAAUUUUUUUUAUUUUUAGUAGAGAUGGAGUUUCACCAUGUUGGCUAGGCUGGUCUCAAUCUCCUGACUUCAGGCGAUCCACCUGCCUCAGCCUCCUAAAGUGCUGGGAUUACAGGUGUGAGCCACCGUGCCUGGCUAAUGAGCAAGUUUUUAAAGGCAAAUUUCUUCCUCAGUCAGGUGUGGCAGGGCCUGAGGGGGCAGCUGGGUGUCCCCGCUCAGAUCCAGGCCUGAGUGGGCUGGGUGGCUGCAGAGCCAGUCACCUGAGCUACCCAGGGUGGGAUCCCUGGCCCCGACCUCUGUCCUGACACACCCCAAGUGGCAGCAAUAAAGCCCCAAGUGGCCUGGGCCUGGGCAGGAGGAGCUGGGCCGGGUGCCAGAUACUGGGAUCAGCCACUGCAGCUCCCCGAGCACUCUCUCCACAGAGACGCGGACCCCAGACAUGAGGAGGCUCCUCAUGGUCACCAGCCUUGUGGCUGUGCUGCUGUGGGAGGCAGGUGCAGCCCCAGCACCCAAGGUCCCUAUCAAGAUGCAAGUCAAACACCGGCCCUCAGAGCAGGACACAGAGAAGGCCUGGGGCGCCCGUGUGGUGGAGCCUCCGGAGAAGGAUGACCAGCUGGUGGUGCUGUUCCCCAUCCAGAAGCCGAAGCUCUUGACCACCGAGGAGAAGCCACCAGGCACCAAGGCCUGGGUGGAGACCGAGGACACCCUGGGCCGUGUGCUGAGCCCCCAGCAGGGUCCCGAGCCCGACCAUGACAGCCUGUACCACCCUCCGCCUGAGGAGGACCAGGGCAAGGAGGGGCCCCAGUUGUGGGUGAUGCCAAAUCGCCAGGUGCUCCUGGGACCGGAGGAAGACCAAGACCACAUCUACCACCCCCAGUAGGGCUCCAGGGGCCAUCACUGCCCCGCCCUGUCCCAAGGCCCAGGCUGUUGGGACUAGGACCCUCCCUACCCUGCCCCAGCUAGACAAAUAAACCCCAGCUGGCCGGGAGCAGUGGCUCACGUCUGUAAUCCCAGCACUUUUGGAGGCCAAGGCAGGCGGAUCACCUGAAAUCAGGAGUUCCAGACCAGCCUGGGCAACACGGUGUAACCCCGUCUCUACUAAAAAUACAAAAAUUAGCCGGG